ACCUAGCUCGUUCGUUACCUUCACCUUCUUCUGCAACACCACCUUCCAUCCAUGGCGUAUAGACGGUGCCUGCAAGCGUUAACGCGCCAAGCACACGACGCAACCACCUUCCUCUUCACCCACCCUUCUUCACCUUCUCUCCGCCCUUUUCCCACCGCCGCCAUUUCCUCACCCAUUUCCACCAAUCCCAGACCCAUCUCUGCUUUUGCACAAUGGUGCCACCUACGCUAUUUCUCCACCUCCAAACAAGACGAUCACGUCAAAAAUGGUGCAAACAGUGAAGAUGACGAUGGAGAUGAAGAUGAUUAUUCUGAUGAGGAAGAUGAUGAAGAUGAAGUUGAGUAUGAUGUUGGUGAUUAUGUUGCUGGUGGGUCAAAGGGGAAGAAGGUGUUGACGGCGGAGGAGAAGGAAGCAGAAGCGGCGGCUAUUGGGUACAAAGUGGAGGGUCCUCUUCUCGAGAAGGAUGGGGUGUUUAAACCCUAUGAGCCUGUUUUUGCUGUUGUUCAGAUUGGUUCGCACCAGUUUAAAGUGAGCAAUGGGGACAGCAUUUUCACUGAGAGGUUGAAAUUUUGUGAAGUGAAUGAUAAGUUGAUUCUGAACAAAGUUAUGCUACUUGGAUCUGCUACUCAGACAAUUAUCGGCAGACCCACAGUGCCAGAUGCAGCUGUUCAUGCUGUUGUCGAAGAGCAUGCACUAGAUGCAAAGGUAAUCAUUUUUAAGAAAAAGAGAAGGAAGAAUUACCGAAGAACCAGAGGGCAUCGCCAGGAGUUGACAAAGCUAAGGAUAACUGAUAUUCAAGGAAUUGAGAAACCUCCAAUCGUAUUGGACGAAAAGCCCUUGAAAGCUGCUAAGAAGGAACAGGAAAAGGUUGCAGCUCCUGCUUAAAAUGGAUCUUCCCCCUUGAUUGUUGACAGUAAUUGCUAGCUAUAUGUCUCAGUGAGUUUUGAGAGUUGGGUGGUACAUAAUGAAUGAGCUUGAUUGUAUUAUUGAGAAGCUCCAUCUACAUCUGCAAAUUGAUAUAUUAGGUGGAAAUAGUCAGGCCAUCCACUCGGUAGUAAGGUUUUGUAGGAUUGAUUUCCAAAAAAAAAUCUUUUCCCUUUGUAAUGUUAUAUUUAGUGGUUCAAUAUCUGAACAAAAAUCCAUUGAUUCUUGAACAGGUUUCAGUGUCUCACGAAAUUUAAUUGACUCCUGUAUUUUCGUGUUUGUUAAAGACAUGAUGCUAUGUCAUGCAUUGUGCAAAUUUCUGACAGAAAUAAAGCAUUCAAAUUUCACA